AGGUCAGUCGCACAGUGAAGUGCGCGCGAGAUCACCACGUUCGUGAGUUCCCUGUGCUCGCCCCAUCUUGUCAGACACACCCAAAGCGAUCACGAGCGUGCGGUCCUUUUUUCGAUCAAUCACACAGAGGUGCAGUGAUCUCAUCCAAUUAUUCGCUGCUCGCCUCAUUUCCGUGAGGCUCGAGCCACAAUUUAUUUGUGUAACAUUCAUUGUAUUCUUGUAAUGCUGUUUCAUUUCAUUGUGACAGCGAAGAGCUCCAGUAAAAAAAUGCUACCGGCGCGAUCCAGAUAGAUCAGCGGUGGUUCAGACGGGAGCGCCGUUGGUAUCGGUACCUCUUAUCGGCACCGGAAGGAUGAGAAUGCCGGCAUGGUGUCGGCGGCGCAGGCGGCAGCGGGGGCCGACUGAAGCAAGAGGGCCUCGCGGGAUGAUGAAAGCGUCCUCUACGUUAGUUCGACGAGUACUCCUAGCGGGGACCACCGCAAGCGGCUCUUGGCUCUGCCUACAGUCGGCCAGCACUUGGUCGUUGCUCCCCCCUGCUGCCGCAAUGCCCGUAAUGCGACGCGUGGAGACCGACGACGCUCUCCAUCCGGAAUGCGUCUGGAAGGACGACCCUUUCGACGACUUAAAAGACAUCAAGAUAUACGCGCUGAUCUACUACGGUCGCCGGGCCUACGUCGACCUGCUGAACGCCUACCUCGAGCGCAACCUGCGUGAGAACGGAGGGGUGCUCGAUGGCGUCCUGUGGGCGCUGGUGAAGUACGAUAUGAACGACUUGCAGUACCUGAUCAAACUGCAACGUCGAAACCCGCGGUCCUACUUCAUUCCCCCGAUCGAGGGGGGCGGUUGGGACGUGAUCUGGAAGGUGGUGGACGAGCCCGGCGCCUACUACGUCAAAAUAGACGACGACGUCGUCUUCAUCAAUGACGGCGCGAUCCCGGAGCUGAUUCGGGAGAAGCGGCGCGAUCGGUUUUUGUUUGUUUCCGCGAACGUGAUCAAUCACGGCAUCGUGUCCGCGGUGCACCAGGUAUUGAAAAAUACUUAUUGAUAAAAAAAUGCGAGCUUGGUUCCUAACAUUCAAAUGGUGCACUCCAGUCUUUUUUUCGUUCGAGUUUUCACAGCAUGAUGUACCAAUAGCAAUACUGGCAUGGUUAAGGCGGUUUUUUUGCGGAAAGUAGGAAACCCAUGAACAAUAUCAAACGAGGAAAAAAAAAACGGUGAAGAAAUCCCACUACUUGAGCAAGACAAUUAUAUGAUGAUGUUCAGCAAGACGGGAAACAAUAUGAAUUUGCUCCGUAGGAACUGGCGCAGUACCCCUGGCUAGAGAAGCCGGCACCGAAUCCGGAAGACGGUAAACUGCACGCGUGGCCGUUUCGGCAGGAUGUGAUGCUUGACGAGAAGUUUCGGAUCGAGCAUACGUUCUACUCCGACUGCAUCUGGCGCCGGUGGGACUGUGCCGCGUGGGCGCACGAGACGCUGCUGCACCGCAUUGAGGAGGGCAGUUUGUGCACGCUAGACUUUGGGGUCUUUGACUUCCUAUGACAGUGCACAACUCCCCCUCCCCCCCAUUUGUAUUGCAUGAACAGCAAUACAACCGUCAGCAAGAAUACAGGUUUUGCAUGACAAAUUUGGACAGGAGUGGAGUGCUAUUUGGGCUGCCAGAACUUGUCAUGCAAACAGUGCCAAGAGCCAAGGCGUAAACUAGGUAUUUCGCAUGACAAAUGAGGAGGAGGGGGAGUUGUGCACUCUCAUACCUCCACGCACACGGCUACGAAACCAUGUCAGACGGAAUCAGCCGCCACGUGGACUGGAAUAUUGCAAUGAAAAAUGCCCCCCCCAUAUCAAAACGGAAAUCUGUGAUGCAGAUUUGUGGUCACAAAUCAGCUUUGUGAUGCUAGAAGGCAAAAGAUGCGGACUGUAGUGCUGUCUAGCGUGGGAAAGCCUUGCAGCUCCAGGAUGACAGGAGGCAACUGGAAGUGGGAAACAGCAUGACAGAUUGCCUACAAUUUAGGCCGCAGCUUCGUCUCUUGACCUUCUAGCAAUACAAGUUGAUUUGUGUACUCAAAUACAGCAUCACAAAUUCGCGCAUCUUCCGCUUCCGAUACGGGGUGGGGGCUUUUUUCCCUUUGAUAUGGAACAUCAACUUUUUCGCCUUCAAAUACGAAGACUUCUCGGACAUUAGUAUACCUCGAUUUUAUUGUUUCUGCAAUUGUUCUAUGAAGAUCAACGUCAACAACUGUGCUUCGUUGAUCAUGUGCGUUGUUAAUAUGGUCAUGGCGUUGAUGUAGCGCGACGAGAGAGCAGACACAACUGAUCGCGAAGGGGCGCGAAUGUUAGCGUGGCUGUGUUACUUCUUCUUCUUCCUCUUUUGGGGUUUUUCCAAAGUCCAAUGUUCACAGCCCUAGAUUGGGUAGUACAGGGAUGCGAGGAAAAUGAGUGUCUUGCUGAUCGUAUGAAUGAAAAUAACGGCUGACAGGCUGGGAUGGUAUUUCCACUGACGAUGAGGGCGAGUUUUCCACACAGCACCCAAAACGGCGAAAUCAGCACGCGGCGGCUCUCGGGCGAGCAGUGGUGGCUCACUGGAGUUUUUCCAUACAGGAGAAAGGGUUACUGGCCAACACGACGCUGCUCGAACGGUACCGCGAACUGGCAGAGAAACUCAUGUACGAAAACGCAGUAAAUUUCUAUGAUGGUGUCAUGCAGCCUCGGGGUCACGCUUUCUGAAAAGAGCCUCUGGUUGUAGUGAAUCUGAAUACUUACAUUGUUGUCACUCCCCUCCUCCUGGUUACAGGUGGAGAGAACCAUGCACAUGGCAGUUAGAAUUACGAGGCUGCGGGGCCUGGGCCUUCCCUCCCACACAAUCUCGACUGCAACUGGAGGUUUCAAAAGAAACGUAAAUCAAAUGCGCCGCGCCACUUCUCGGCUGCUAGUAGUCACUACAUCAUUUACGCGAUGAUCUUGUGCAUUGCUUCAAAGCUGCCAUCGGUAAAGAUGGUGAGUAAAAACGUGUUUGGUCGUACUGGGCAGCUGUGUCGAAUUUGCUGUGUGCUGUUGCUGUGGAAAUAAUGGGAUGCACAGUAAAUGAUUGCUGAACUGUGAGUGUGUUGGCGAUUCGAACGUGAAAAGAUGG